AGGAGCAACUGAUCCGACACGCGCGUGGCGGCCGGGACGACGGGUGCAACGUGGACGCGCCCUUUGGGCGAUUGACUUUCUCUGCCGAUGCGAAAACCGGCAUGGAAUUGGCAAGGGAGGGGGCGCAGCAGUAUCUGACCCACCUGGACUGGAUGGACGGCGACAAGUGGUCCAUGAUAGAGACGGACACGCACUACCACAUGGACCCGCCGGCGCGCGACGCCGCGCUCGCUUGCGCCUACACGAGCAACCUGCUCACCUUAUGAAAUGCAGAUAUCCCUGGAUGUCUGGAAACUUGUGAUGCUGGGUGGCGUAUCACGAAGAGGCCACAAGUGCUGGCUCAGCAUGACAAGUUUCGGAGCUUCUAGGUGUUGCCUAUUCUGCAUGACAAACUGCGUUUCUGCAUGACAGAAAAAUGGGGCUCUUGGGUACUGUGCAUGACAAAUUUAAGAGUCAUGUGAGACAAGCAUGACAAGCUUGCAUUCUUCCAGACCCAGACACUUUUGCAAUGCAUACACCUUUGACUUCGACAAGGUCCUGCUCGACGACGCCGAGCUAUGGAUUGCAAAUAUGUCCGGGUCUGGAAGAAUGCACCUUGUGAUGCUGCAUUUGGAUUCCAAAAGAAUUUGCAUUGCAUGAGCAGCAAAAGGAUCCUAACUUUUGCUACGCUGAGACAGAGGGCAUUUGUCAUGCGGAGUAGGCAUCAAGAAGCCCUCAAAAAGUCUGUGAUGCUAGGACACGCAUCACAGACGUCAUGGCUCAUGCAAAACGUGUAUGACAAGUCUCAGAAUCUUCCAGACCCAGACAUCUUUGCAAUUGAUACGAGCGGAAGCGACACCAGUGGCUUCACUCCCGCAUUUAUCAAGUGCAAAAAUGUCUGGGUCUGGAAGAUUGGAAGAUUUGUCAUGCACAUCUGACAUGUCCCAUGAAGGCUGUGAUGUAUGCCCUAGCAUCACAGAUUUUCUGAGUGCUUCUUGAUGCAUAUCCUGCAUGAGAAAUGCCCUCUUUCCACGUCGCAAAAACUGGACUCGUAUUGCCUGCCAUGCAACACACAUUUUUUUAGAAUCCAAAAAUAGCAUUACAAGUUGCAUCCUUCCAGACCCAGACAUUUUUGCAUUUGAUAGCAUUCGCACGAGCAGGCGGCUGGAGGAAACGAAAAUUCAAGCGGGGAAGGACGUUAUGCAUUGCAAACGCAUUGUACUUCUAGUGGUAGUUGCAUUACAAAUUUGCUCAGCAUUACACAUGAAAACUCUAAUGCUGUUUUGCUUUAGGAAGGAGAUUUGUCAUGCAUAGCAGCAAUUACGAGAAGUGCGAUACUUUUGCAGAGCAUAGACGUUUUGAAGACGUUCUGGUGUCUCGACAGUGCCCAGCGCCAGCGUUACAACGCCGUGCUUGCGGGGCAGCAGGAACCGAGUUACAACGAGGAAGCACCCCUCUACCGGUGGCUUUUGCAGUACGAAGACAGCGAGUGCAGGAUUUUGACCGACCCCAGUUUCGGCAACAUCGAGGCGCUGGCAAACAGCGAAGCUGGUGCGACGAGUAAUUCCUUUCACAAACUUAUGCAAAGAAAAAAGUGUUACAGUUACACAUUGUGUUGCAGGACCGGCAAGGCAGACAACCUUUUGUCAUGCAGGAAAUGCUUUGGAGCCUCGAUUCCCGCGUGUAUUCCCUUAUGAUCUUUGCAUUUACAAGUUGCCUCUGCCACACAGAGAAAAUUUGUGAUGCAGAAACUCCAACAAGUGUGUAACUGUAGCACUUUUUUCCUGUGAUAAAACUGGGACAGGACUUGGAAGCGGGGCUCACAUGGCCGCCGUACUACUUGCUCACCGGAGUAGGCGGUGGGAGUACUCCGAGCAAGGAAAAUGGAAACCUUAUCCAGCUGCACAACAACAACGGCGAACAAGCUAGUGGCUCAACAUCUGACAGCGCCAAAUCGGGUCUAGAAAGUCAUCUGCCAACGACGUUAAAAGUAGCGGUGCUCGGGGACCACACGACCGGGGCGCUAGAGGAAACCAGUCUGUUCGAGCAGCUGUAUUGGAAGGAAAAGGAUUGGACGCGGAAGAUAGAGUUUUCUUUUUUCGGGUCGUUCUGCGACGGGUUCCAGCAUUGGCACUGCCAGCUGCUGUGCAACCUCGCGCCGUCCUCCUGUGUAUGGAGCUCUCAAACGUUACACUCUCAGCUAUUACAUGAUGAUGAUUUGUCAUACAAAAUGCAAAUCAGCAUCCACACGAUGAAGCUGCUUUGCAUGACAAAUUUUUGAAGGGCUAAACAGCACCAUUAUCUGUGCCAAAUUUGUAAUGCGAGAGGUGCAAGCUCCCGUCUUUUGCUGUUCCUAUUCUUGCAUCACAAAUUCCUGUAACAUUUGAGAAUGUAACAAUUGAGAACGCCAUACUGUGACCGCGACCGUGCGUCGGACUUGAUCGCCUCCGAAAUCUUGCAGAAGCUGUACCGAAACGAGAAGUCCGACGGGCACACGAAGGGUGGAAGCCGGGAAGAGCAGAGCUACGACCUGCCCAUGAUGCUGGAGUGGUUCCAGCACAUCUUGGCGAAACAGUUAUGCAUUGCAAAAGUAUUGUAUCGUACUUGUAUAAACUGCAUUACAAUUUUUUUCAGUAUGAAAAUACUGAAUUUGCCAUGCUGUUUUACCUUGGAAAGGAGAUUUGUAUACGCAUGACUGCAAUUGCUACGAGUACGAUACUUUUGCACAGGAUAACAGUUCGGAUUCGACAAUUUUUCGGACUUGGUGGACGGACUGGCGGCCUCGUCCACAGGUAGUUCUACUGCGUCAACAACUUCAUCAAGGAAAGAACAAGGCGCAGCACUUGACUUCCCUGACUUGUGGCUGUGCGCGCACCCCGUGGUGCCUUGUCUGUUCUUGGCGCAGGCGCUGCUGUUGAUCAACCAGAAGCUGCCGAACCCGCUGGAGAAGAAGCGGCUCUUCCUGCACUUCGGCGCGCAACUUUUGUACGGGGCUCCCGGCAUCGCAAACGAGCACCUGCAGGGGUUGCACUUGCGGCUGGCCGGGUACAAUAGCAACCAGGCGCUGGAAUGGCUGAUUUGGUCCCAGGACCUACUGUUCGAGAAUUGCAACGGCUUCGGCAACCCGAAGGUCCUCGCGGCGAAGUCUUCGGAACAAGUGGCCCAAAAAUUCCAGCACUCCUGGUUCGCAUUUGCGUUCGACGGGCACCUGCGUCCCUGGUUCAGUGCGGUGUUCAAGGGCGCAGAGUCGUUGAAGGGAACCAUUCUGCGCAAAGAACUGUUUGAAGAAGAGUGGACGACGGUGAAAACAGUCGUGGACGCGCACAACGAGACCCACGUGAUCAAACCGGAGCAGGAAAAGAACCUUCAGAACGCCACCGCAGGGGAUAUUCUCCGCGAGUACGCAAGCUUGUUCCGGCUGCCCGAUAUCCAAGAAAAAAACUGUAUUGUGUAGGUGUAAGUCUGCAAUGCAAAGCAUGCAACACAGAUACACCUGUCAUGCUGGCCAGCCGUGAAGUCCUGUUUUCCAAUUCCAGUACUAGCUGCGCAUGACAGGUUCUUUCUGUCAUGCAGAGCGAAUUUGUCAUGCUGUCACUUUAAGACAGCUACACUCACACAGUUUUUUUCUUGCAUAUUCGAGGUGAUCACCCCCAUGGCACUUUACAUUCCGCGGUCGCGAAUAUGGAACGCGAACGAAGCCCUGCUGGCGCGCACGGCUGAGAACAAACAGAAAGUGCUGAUCGCCCGCAGCCGGUUUUCCAGUCUCUUCAACAUCGUCGGCAACAGCUAUUUCCAGGGGGUCAGAAGCAUUUUAGAACGGGGCUUGCUACUGAACGAAGGCGAUAAGGCGGUUGAGUCUUCUACUUCUAGUGCAAGUAGUCUGCAGGGAGCUGCUGCAUCUUCAUCUUCAUCCCCGUCCGACUCCCCCGCCGGCGGCGCACAUCAAAGUAGAACGGCUGCCGCACUCGACGCACCCAGAAUCCAGGUGGACCAUGUAGGGGUGAAUUUAUGCAUUGUGAAUAUGUCUGGGUCUGGAAGGAUGCAACUUCUGAUGGUGUUUAUUUCGGAUUCUAAACAGAUCUGUGUUGCAUGACCAGCAAGAGGAGUCGACUUUGUGUUACGAGGAGAGGGCAUUUGUCGUGCAGUAUCUAUACCCGCCAUCAGAAAGCCGCAAAAAAGCCUGUAAUGCUAGGGCAUGCAUCAAAAACAUCAUGGGUCAUGCAAAAUGUGCGCGACAAGUUCCAGACCCAGAUAUAUUUGCACUUGAUAGAAUUUGGAUUUUUACACCUUCGAGUCCAUCACGAAAGAUUACGCACUUAUCAUUGAUUCCGGUACGGAAAUGAUGGGGCGCGCGUUGGUGGAGUUUUACCGUAUCGCGGUCCCGCUGUUGGUGCCGACGAAGCGAUGGAUGUUUCAGAUGCACAUGGAAGCGCCGUCCGGUGCCACCGUGUACGGCGUCAACGGGAUCGACCCGGGACCCUGGUUCGAGUCCGGGUGGCAGUUGAUGCCCGAGGUAGAGGCGCGGUCACGCAUAUGAAUUGCAGCAAAAGCAUCGUAAAACUAGUAUAAAUUGCAUGACAAAUCUCCUCAGCAUUUGUAGAAAUGAAAUUUGUAAUUUGGAGUUACCUUACGAGACCGAGAGAGAUUUGUAAUGCAUAAAAGCAAUUAGUACGAGUGCGAUACUUUUGCAGUGCAUAGCGCAAGGUCGCCUACGAUUACUUUCAGCACUCGGCCAUCUACGAGCAGCUCCCCUAUCUUUUCCGCUGGGACAGCAUUGUGCAACUCUGUAUUCUUGUAGAGGAGCUGCUGGGCCCGCGAGGGGUUGCCAGCGACUACAAGUACCUGCGCGAUGCUAGUCGGGGCAUGAUCGCACACUACGAAACUUGGAGAGGCGUCAACAGUGUACUCCUUCGAGACACCCUGGAUCAAGAUUGGAUGGGAAUGCUUUGAUGGUUUUUGGGCUGAGGAAAGAAGAAGAACAGCACGGAAGAAUUUAUACGAGCAUUUGCAUCGUUCAUCUCCUGUCGCACUUAUUAACGAAAAAUCCCUUUAUUUUGAUGUUUCUGCGCCG